UGUAGCGCGCCUGUCAAACAAGCGAGGCGGUGCGACAUCUUGAAUCCCUCGUGGUGUAAACUUUGCUGUUCGGAGUAUUUUAAAGUAAACUAUUGUCCAUUUCGGCGGAAACGUUUAAAUUUAGCGAAAUAAUCAUUCUAGAAUAAGCCACGAAUAUGAUGCGAACGAAAAGAGCUCGUGAGAUGGACAAACCAUGGACAGUUUACGAUUCUGGUGAACAGAAGAGUGAUGAUUCAGACCUGACAUCAUCACGGCGUAGAAAUCUGUCCAAGGAAAGUGUGAGGAUUUUGAAACAAUGGCUCUAUGACCAUAGAUACAAUGCCUAUCCCACAGACCAGGAAAAAGUGUACUUGUCAAAUGCUGCAAAUCUAACUGUUCUGCAGGUGUGUAACUGGUUCAUUAAUGCCAGGCGAAGAAUAUUACCGGAAAUGAUCAAAGAAGAUGGACAUGAUCCCCAGCAGUACAUGAUUACGCGCAAACACAAGCAGUCUCUAUUGGACCGCUUUGAUGAAACAAUGCUAAGUAAAUCUGAAGGAGCUAUGAAAAAGCACAAAAUCUCCUUGUUGGAUGUGUAUGAUGAAAAAGUGUUGGCUAUAAAUAAUAGUGCAGACAUAGAUCAUAGUUACCAUCCUGCAAUGAAAAUGAGACGCUAUGAUCACAAUGACAUUGCCUCCCAUGAGACUGUUAGAACAACAGAAAUUGAUGGAUACAUGUCUGACUAUGAAGCAUCUUCAUCAAGUGACAACUUCUCAGAAAACGAGACAACCGAUGCUCUUCAUGUGCCUUUCCACAAACCAACUAUGCUGAAUCCUUCCAGUCUUCUGUUCUUUCAUCACGAUACUGAUUCACAGAACCAGUCAGAUGGCCAAAGCUCUAAUGAUCAUACCCCUCCACCAUCACCCCCACAAGCAAAUGUCAUUGUCCGUCCAGUUGAAGAAGAAAGAUUCCGUCCAUUUUUCAUGCUUGUUGAUGCAGCUAUGAACGAACUUGAGAAACAGAAAGAAAGUGAUUGAAAUUUGUUAGAGUAAAAACCUUGCAAGACAGCUAUGCAGAGCCAUUCCAUGUGAUAUGUUCAUUCAAGAAGCAGUCUUUGUAAUUUCAGACAGUAUUGACGCUGCCAUGAACCAUUGAUCAUGUUUACAACUGUAUUUGUUUUUGACAUUUGAAUCUUUUGUUGACCAUGGUGGAAUCUCUGGAAAUACAACCAGCAUUGUGUUCAAAUUGACUGAUCAUCAGAAUUUAAUAUGACUUUGUAUAUUUUUAUAUUUAGAUUAGCUUUAUUUUGGUACAAUAUCAUUCAUGUGCUGAACCAUGGACAAAAUAAAAUAAUGUUGGUUUUGCUGAUUCAUGAAAAAACAUUAAAUGUACUUAUUUUCUGUACAAUUCAUUUCAUGCAUUUAAAGCUGAUUUUCUAAAAUCAUAAAUGUUUACAGUUAAAUUGUCAAGUUUGAAUGAAAGAUUGAAAUUUAUAUGGUCACUCGUAUGCCAUGUAACACUACAAAUUUUAGUUUGCCUAAACUGUGAGAAUUUUGACAGUUGAUUUUAAUUGUUGCUGUAGGCAUCACAUUUUUAUCAGUCAUGUGUUAUGAUAAGGUUUUAAGACAUUAAGUAGCUUUAUUGAUAAUGCCUGCUGAUGGAUGUACACUAUUUGGCAUAAUAAUGAUUUUGGUUUUAUUUUCAACUAUUAAUUCAUGUUUGUAACAUUUCUAUUUUCUCAUUAAUUUUUCUCACAAGACAAGUGAAAAUAAAAUAAUAUGUAAGUUGUAACCAUGGCAAUUUUUUAUGUGGCAAUAAGAUGACUAUUUUGAAUUUGUUAUACUAUUUUUGUAUUAAAUUGUGUUGAGCUGUACGCAAUUAACUGUUGAUGAUUUCAAGCAACAUGUUUUUUAUUACAAAUAAACUUUUGUAAAUGUGAA